GCAGCCGCCGGCUGGGCCGGCUAUUAAUAACGCGCCCGGCUAGCCGGGGUCGCACAGCCAUGGCUAGCCCGGAGCCCCUGCGCGGUGGGGACGGCGCCGGGGCCGUGAGGGAAACAAGGGCAGAGGCCAGUUCUCUUAAGGAGAACGCUGAAUCCCAGAAAGAGGCCAAGACCUUGAACCCAGAAUCCACCUUAUCCUUGGAAGGGACUGUGAACCUAGAUGACAUCCUCUAUCUGGGGGACUCGGUGGACUUUGAGGAGACCCUCUAUGGGGAAGAGCCGGGGAAGCCUGAGGAGACACUGUAUAUCGAGGAGUUGAGGCAGCCAGAGGAGGCACUGGAUGUGGAGGAACCAGAGGAGGCACUGGGUGUGGAGGAGCCUGUGAGUCUAGAAGAGACGCUGUCUGUGCAGGAGCCCGUGAAGUCAGAUGAGGUACAGUUUGUGGAGCAGCCUGUGAAGCCAUCCGAGAGCCCAAGCCCAGAGCAGACUGCUUAUGAGGCAGAGAUGGUGGCCAGGGAAGAGAAAUCCAUCCCAGUGGAGAGCCUUUCAGCGCAGCCGAGCCCCAACACAGAGGAGGACUUGAGCAUGGAGGACCUGGAAAGGCUGGAAGGCCGUUUCCAGGAGUGUGUGCAAGCUGUGGCCCAGCUGGAAGAAGAGCGGGACCAGCUCAUCCACGAGCUUGUGCUGCUCAGGGAACCAGCCCUGCAGGAAGUGCAGCAAGUCCAUCAGGACAUCCUGGCUGCCUACAAGCUGCAUGCCCAGGCAGAGCUGGAGAGGGAUGGGUUAAGGGAGGAGAUCCAACUGGUCAAGCAGAAGCUGUUCAAGGUGACCAAGGAAUGUGUGGCCUUCCAGUACCAGCUGGAGUGCCGCCAGCACGAUGUGGCUCAGUUUGCUGACUGUAGGGAGGCACUGACCACGCGGGCAGCGCAGCUCUCUGGGGAGUUGGGCCAGCUCCGCGAGGCCUAUCAGAAGCAGAAGGAGCAGUUGCAGCAACAACUCCAAGCACCCCCAAGCCAGAGCGAUGGGCACCUUCUCCAGGAGAGCCGGAGGCUCUCUACACAGUUUGAAAAUCUCAUGGCGGAGAGCCGCCAGGGCCUGGAAGACGAGUACGAGCCUCAGCUGCUGCGGCUGCUGGAGAAGAAAGAAGCGGGGACCAAGGCACUGCAGAAAACCCAGGCAGAGAUUCAGGAAAUGAAGGAGGCCCUGAGACCCCUGCAAGCAGAGGCCCGGCAGCUCCACUUGCAGAACAGGAACCUGGAGGACCAGAUGACACUAGUGAGGCAAAAACGUGAUGAAGAGGUUCAACAGUACAGGGAGCAGCUGGAGGAGAUGGAGGAGCGACAGAGGCAGUUAAGAAGUGGGGUGCAACUCCAGCAACAGAAGAACAAAGAGAUGGAGCGGCUAAGGAUCAGUCUUGCAGAAGAGCUUUCAACUUACAAGGCUAUGUUACCCAAGAGCCUGGAACAGGCUGAUGCCCCUACUUCUCAGGCAGGUGGAACGGAGACUCAAUCCCAAGGGGCUGUUUAGAAAUGUAUGGCCGGAUCUGUAAUCCAGAAACAAAAACCUUAUCAAAGGAUGACUAAGUACCCUAGGGACAGACUUUUUCCCAAACAAAUGAAAGAGUGCCAGCAUUUGGCAAGCAAUUCACCCUGUGAAAAUAGCAAUAUUGGCUGGCUUGCCUAAAAAGGUUUUAGUGUUGGCUGAAGUAGACCACCAGUCAAUUUUUGUCUCGAUUCUUUUUCGUAGGCUGGUGAUACAGAUCUCAAUGCAUUGAAGAAUGGAAAUAUGGGCCUCUUAGCUCAGCAGCAACUCACAUGCACACUGGGUAAAGGAUGCACCAACAAACCUCACAGUAUCACGAAGAAUGAUUGCCCUGUGCUGAUACAAACCAAAAAGAGUCAGGCACGGGUCAAAAGGCAGCAGUUUCAUAAUAUAGGUUUACAUAAAUUCUUCAGUGCCGUUGGUAUUAGAUUUUAAAUGGAUCUUCCUCCAUUUUUCAUAAAGGCCUAUGCAGACUUGCAUAAUUUAAUCUUAAAGGUAACUUUUCCUUUUUUGAGACAAGUUGCCAUGUACUCCAGGCUGCCUUUCAGACUGCUAUGUAGCUGAGGAUGACCUUGAACUUCUGAGUUUUCUGCCUCCUCCUCCUAAAUGCUGGGAUUACAGGUGUGCCAUCACUAUAUCCUAAAACAACUAGACUUGGAGGACAGAAACCACUUCAGAUUUAGGUUUUUUGUUUUUGAGACAGGGUUUCCCUGUAGCCCCAGCUGGCCUGGAACUCACUAUAACAAGAUCCGCCUGCCUCUGCCUGUUUCACAAGUGCUGGGACUAAAGGCUUGAGCCACCAUACCGGGCCAUUUCAGAUCAGGACGUUUCAGAUUAUCCAGAUGUUCCCAUUAAAUGGUUUUUGGGUCAGAGUGAUCUAUUUAGGCAAAAUAAAAACUGAGACACUGCAAAGAACCAGUAGUUUUAUGUGGGGAUAAAUGCAUUCAGAACCUCUACUUUCUACCCUUUAAGUACUGGCUCCAGGAAAGACACUGAGCAGAUACAACCUCUCUGCAAAAGUUCAAAUCUCUACCAAAUUUAAUCCUGCCUUAAGUUCUCUAUGGCACUGCCUGACACUGUUGGAAGCCUUCUCUAGGGCAAACUUCAAAAUUAUCUCAUUUUAUCACAGACUAGUUUGUAUAUCUCUGGUUUAAUGUUUUAUGUCUUUCGCUUUCCCUGGUAAGGAGUAAAGCUCUUUUCUAUAGCUCUGGGUCUAUUAUAUUUAUAUAUUCUUCCCAGAAGAUUCAAAACUAUGGAAAAUAUUUGUCACCUGAAUAAAUUCUUCGAGAAGUCAGAGACUGAUGUUUGAUGGAUAUUAAAUAAAACCCAUCACCAUGGGGCUAUGUAGAAAAGCAGUUUAUUCCAUUAUAAGCACUUACACAGUUAGUCAUGGAGAGUAACAGGCCUGAUGGUGAGACAGGUCAACCAAAAUGGAGAUGGUAUCAAACUAUAGUGGUCAAGGACUAACCCCUAAAAAACAAAAGCAACUCUUAUCAAGGAUUAAUUUAAUUUUAAAAACAAAUACAAACUAUCAAAUCACUCUUCUCAACUUGGCAGCUCACCUGUGGUAGAACUGCCAGGCAAAAACAUACAUCUUUACAACUUGGUGGUC